AUGCAGAACGGCUGCCACACCAGGCAAGUCUUGUGUUUUUCUCUGUAUUUUUGCAUUGGUAUUGUGAUGUGUGAGUCUUUGCACUAUUCAGUGCCUGAGGAAAAGAAAACAGGGUCUUUGGUGGCAAAUGUGCUAAAGGAUUUGAAAGUGGAUGUGAAGGAGCUAUCAGCUCGCAGGGCCCAGCUGGUUUCUGAAGGCACCAAGCCAUAUUUCCAGCUGGAUCCUCACUCUGGGAAUGUGAUAUUACAGGACAGAAUAGACAGAGAAGCUCUGUGUGGUCAGAAGGACCCUUGCUUCUUACUCUCAGAGCUUGUGCUGGAAAGCCCUGUUCAAGUGCACAGAAUGGAAGUUGAAAUAGAGGAUGUGAAUGAUAAUCCCCCCCAGUUCUCUGAAAAGGAAUUCCUCUUUGAAAUACCUGAGCAGACUUCCAUGAACACUCGAUUCCCAUUGGAGAGUGCUAAAGAUGCAGACAGAGGAGAAAAUGCUGUUCGGAACUAUACACUUAGUCCAAAUGACCAUUUCAGGCUGGAUGUUCAAAGUCACACUGAUGGGAGCAAAUAUGCAGAAUUAAUACUGGAGAAACAGCUGGAUUGUGAAGCGAAUGCACGACUUUUCCUGAUUCUGACGGCUGUCGACGGAGGGACUCCAAAGAGAACUGGAACAGCCAACAUUAUCAUUGAUGUCUUGGACAACAAUGACAAUGCCCCUCAGUUUCAUCAAUCUCUGUACAAAGUGAAACUAAUGGAAAACAGCCAGCCAAAUACACUUGUAACAAAAGUGGAAGCAACUGACAGGGAUUUGGGUCCAAAUGCAGAAAUCACUUAUUCUUUCAACCAGGUAUCAGACACUGUGCUCGGAGCAUUCAAGGUAAACAAAUAUUCUGGGGACAUUUCUGUUGCAGGAGUAAUUGAUUACGAAGAGGAACAUAAUUAUGCAAUAAACAUCAAAGCCAUGGAUGGAGGGGGGCUCUCUGCUUACUGCAAAGUCAUUGUGGAGGUUGAGGACAGAAACGACAAUGCCCCAGAGGUGACCCUCACAUCCCUCACCAGCCCCCUGCCAGAAGAUUCUCCCUCGGAUACGGUGGUGGCCCUUUUCCGUGUCACAGAUCGAGACUCGGGAGAUAAUGGCAGAACAGCUUGCACCACCGAGACAAACCUGCCUUUCGUGUUAAAAUCAUCUGGAAAUAAUUAUUACCAGCUGGUGACCCAACAACCCCUUGACCGAGAAAGAUCAUCAGAGUACAACAUCACCAUCAGAGCCACAGACCAGGGCUCUCCCAGGCUCUCUUCAGCAAGAACAAUUAAUGUCCAGAUAUCGGAUGUCAAUGACAAUGCUCCAGUAUUUGAAAAGUCACCGUAUGUUAUGCUAUUACGAGAAAAUAACAUUCCAGGUCUGCUUAUAGGGGUGGUUCAUGCUGAUGACCUGGACACAGAGCGGAAUGCCAAAGUGGUGUAUUCACUUCUGCCUGGGAAGGUCAGUGAUCAACCCGUGUCCACUUACAUCUCCAUCAACUCUGAAACUGGGAAUCUGUAUGCCAUCCGAUCUCUGGACUAUGAGCAAAUAAAAGAUUUCCUGGUGACUGUGAGGGCUGUGGAUAGAGGUUCUCCUCCCCUGAGCUCCGAAGUUAAGGUCCGAGUUGUCAUUGUGGAUGAAAAUGAUAAUGCCCCCUUCAUCCUGUACCCUCUUCAGAACGGCACUUCCCCAUCCAACGACCUGGUUCCCAGGGGGGCAGAGGCUGGCUACCUGGUCACCAAGGUGGUGGCAGUGGACAGAGAUUCUGGCCAGAACUCUUGGCUUUCCUAUGAGCUCCUGAAGGCCACAGAACCAGGUCUGUUCAGUGUGGGGGCCCAGAAUGGAGAAGUGAAAACCAUGAGACUAAUUACCCAACGAGACACCUUCAGACAGAAACUUAUAAUCGGAGUGAGAGACAACGGGCACCCUCUCCAGUCCGCCUCUGCAACACUAAGCAUUCUGCUAGUGGAUGGCUUUUCUGACCCUUACAUGAAAAUGGUGGAUAUCCCGAAGGAUGAAGUGGUCAAGGAGGAAGACCGCAGCCUGACUAUGUAUCUGGUCAUAUGCUUAGCUGCCAUCUCAUUCAUUUUUCUGGUUUCUAUCAUUGUGUUUAUUGCCAUCAAGAUUCACAAAAGGAGAAAGUUCAUGGAGAGCUCAGCCCUGAAUUUCCCCGUGGGACCAAAUUUCCAGGAGAACGGUGGAGAUGCUGGUGCUGGAUCCCUUUCCCGGGCUUACAACUAUGAGGUGUGCUUAGCAGGUGGAUCUCUGAGCAGCGAGUUCAAGUUUCUCCGUCCUCUCUUUCCUGUGUUUUCUGUGGAACCUGCUCAAAAUCAGGGGAAUUCAAGAAUUUCAUCUGCUUCUCAAGGAGUUCCUGAUCAUCAAAUUGAAAGUCAUGUCACAAAUCAGGUGAGAAUAAUUAAUUCAAUAUAA